AAUAAAAACAAUAGCAAUAAUAACAAUAAUAAUAAUAUUUCAAGAAGGUCAAGAUCAAGAUCAAGAUCACCCUCUAGAGGGAGGUCUCCAGUAAUGUAUUCUCCAAGAUCAAGUUCUGCCGAUUCAGAAGGUUCAUCAAGGUCUAUAGAGAAGCCAAAUGCCUAUAUGUCAUCAGAUGAUUCAAGAAGUAGAUCGCCUUCUCCUCAAAAGCAAAGUUUUAGUAAUCAACCAAUGAAUGGUUCUUUUAUAAAAAAUACAUCUAUACCAUUACCACCGAUUGUAAAACCAAUGUCAACCUCAACUUCAACAUCAUCCAGAUCGGGAUCACAUUCAUCAUCAUCAUCUUCGAGAUCACAUUCACAUUCAUCAUCAUCAUCAUCAUCAUCAUCAACUUUAAAGGCACUUUUUGGGGGUAGUUCUAAAAGUUCAAGUUCAAAUACAAAGAGUAGUAGUUCAAGAACUGAUCGUGAUAAACAUAGAGAUAAGGGUUCAGGAAGUAGCAGUAGUUCAAGAGGAGAUAGGGAUAAAUACUCAAGUAGCAGCUCAAGAGGAGAUAGAGACAGACACUCAUCAAAAGUUAGUAGCAGUUCAAGAAAUGAUAGAGAUAAAAUAUUUAAUAGUAUUGUUGGUGGAAGUAGCGGCUCAAGAACUGAUAAAGAUAGAGAAAGGGAAAAAGAGAGUGAAUUUAGGGAUAAUAAAGAUAGAGCUAGAGAAAGAGAUAGUAGAUCAAGUGGUAAACCCCAAAGCAGUAACCAAUCAUUGUCAUCCUCAUCACAAAGAAUUUCAUCAUCUAGUUCCUCUGUACAAAAUAGUAGUAAUAGUUUAAAACCAUCAACAUCAUCAACAAAUAUACCAUCAUUAACAUCUUCAGGAUCUGGAUUACCAAAAUCCUCAUCCUUACCAAGCAAAUCACCAUCUCUAUAUCAAAAUAACAUUAGUAAUAUUAAUAAUAGUAAUAUAAAUAAUAAUAAUAAUAAUAAUAAUAAUAAUAACAAUAAUAAUAAUAAUAGUAAUUCACCAAAACCAUCGCCAUCAUUAAAAUCACAGAGUAGCAAAGGUGGUGUUUCAAAUUUUGUUUUAAAAAAAUCAAUAACUAAAAAAGAUAGAGAUCAAAUUAUGGAACUUUUAAAUGAACACGAUAGCGAUUCUGAUAUUGAUUUCACCACUACCCCAACACUCAGCAGUCAUAUUUCAAAAUAUUCUCCCGCCCAAUCUCCAGUACCAUUUAAGUCUGCUCCAUUAGAACUUUUAUCGAAUAAUAAUCGUGGAGGUAAUAGUAGUGAUAACCUUUAUGGCAAUAAAGAUUUAAAGAAUUUAGACUUAAAUAAUACAAGUGAUCAAAAUAAAUUAGAUAGCUUUUUAUUAUCAACUGAAAAUCCAUCCGAAAUAAAAUCUGCACUUAAACAACCAUCAACCUCAACUUCAAUAUCAUCAAACCAACCAAAACCAUUAGAUUUCGAUAGUGAUGACGAUAUUUCAGAAGAAUAUUAUAAGAAAAUGUUAAAUGACCAUAAAAAAUCAAAGAAAAUUGAUUCAGAGAAAUUUUUUAAAGAGUUAGAGCUAUCUGAUGAUGAUGUUUUUAAUGAAAAGAAUAAUAGAAAACAAUUAAAAAUAAUGAAAAGAUUAAUGGAUAAAGAGUCAGGUGAUAGAAAAAGAGUUAAAAAGAAAAUGACAGAUCCCAAAUAUAAUGGUAGUAGUAGAUCAUCAAGAGAUUAUAGUAAAGAAAAAUAUAGGGCAUCAAGAUAUCCAGCAUUAUAUGGCAGUAGCAGUGGUAGUAGCAGUAGAAAAGAUAAGAAACCAUCUAGCAAUCCAUUAUCAGUUUUAUCUAGCGAUGAUGAUUUUGCAAGAGAGUUUUCAGAUGAAGAUGAGGAAGAAUUUGAAAGAAUGCUUAAAAUGGAAAGAAAGAAAAAGAAAACCCCAAGUGGUCUACUUAACUUGAAUAGCUCAUCCUCUGGUAUUAAAGUUGAUCAACAAUCAAAUCAACAAAGUAAUCAACAAAUUUUAGAGAGAUUAGAUUUUUAUAAAGAGAUUGAUCAAGUAUUUGCCAACAAUUGGUCCAAAAUCGUUAAAAAAGAAAUACCAAAAUCACAAAAGAAAUAUAUUGAUACUCAUAAUAAUGGUAUUAGUGAUUGCAAGAGACGUUCAACAAUGAUGAGAAAAGAAAUUAAAAAUCGUUAUCAGAAAUCUUUACAAAAAUUACAAACUAAAGAUAUCCAACUACGUGCAAAAAAAUUGGUAAAAGAAAUGGGUGCUUAUUGGAGAAAGUUUGAUAAAGAUGAAAGGGAGGCCAAGAAGAGAGCUGAAAAAGAAGAGGCAAAUCAAAGGAAACGUGAAGAAGAGGUUCAAGAAGCUAAAAGACAACAGAGAAAGCUUAAUUUCCUUAUUACACAAACCGAACUUUAUAGCCAUUUUAUGAGUAAGAAAUUAAACUCGGCCGAAGAUGAAGAUGAAGAUGAAAAAGAAAAGAAACCAAAAAUUGAAGGCGAGGAGUCAUCAGAAGAAGAAUCAGAUGAUGAUGGUAAAACUGAAGAAGAAAAAUUAGAAGAUGAGAGAAUGAAAGAAGAAGCGGAAAAGAAAACUCAAAAGGCAAUCGAACUACAACUUCAAAAAACCAAAAACUUUGAUCAAGAUGUCGACAAAAUUAAAAAUCAAGGUGAUAUCUUUGGUACCAAUUUAUUAGAAAUUAAUAAUUCAUCAUCUAUCCCACCAGGUUUUGGUACAACCGAUACAUUAAAACAACCAACCAUUUUAAACGCCAAUUUGAAACCAUACCAACUUAAAGGUAUGACCUGGAUUGUCAAUCUAUAUGAUCAAGGUAUUAAUGGUAUUUUAGCUGAUGAAAUGGGUUUAGGUAAAACCAUUCAAUCCAUUGCAGUUUUAGCCCAUUUGGCUGAAGAAAAGAAUAUUUGGGGCCCAUUCCUUAUUGUUACACCAAAAUCAACUUUACACAAUUGGAAGAAUGAGUUUGCUAAAUUUGUUCCACACUUUAAAGUAAUUCCAUAUUGGGGCACCCAACAACAAAGAACUACAAUUAGAAAAUAUUGGAAUCCAAAGAAACUUUAUCAUAAAAAUAGUCCAUUUCAUGUUUUAAUUACUAGUUAUAAUGUUAUCGUUAGGGAUGAAAAAUAUUUCCACCGUCUCCGUUGGCAAUAUAUGAUUUUAGAUGAAGCACAUGCUAUCAAGAGUAGCGCAAGUAAUCGUUGGAAAACUCUGAUGUCAUUCAAUUGUAGAAAUAGAUUGUUGCUUACCGGUACACCAAUUCAAAAUAGUAUGGCAGAACUUUGGGCACUUUUACAUUUUAUUAUGCCAACAUUUUUCGAUUCACAUGACGAGUUUGCCGAAUGGUUCUCUAAAGAUAUUGAAAAUCAUGCUAUGUCUCAAGGUGGUCUCAAUGAACAUCAACUUAACCGUCUUCAUAUGAUUUUAAAACCAUUCAUGCUUCGUAGAGUAAAGAAAGAUGUAGAGAAUGAAAUGCCAUCAAAAACCGAAGUCGAAGUUUAUUGUAAUCUUACCCAUCGUCAAAAAAGACUUUAUCAAAGUAUUCGUCAAAAACUAUCAGUCACAGAAUUAUUAGGUGGUGCCUCAUUUUCGGCAGAAGUUUCAAAGACUUUAAUGAAUCUUGUUAUGCAAUUUAGAAAAGUUUGUAAUCAUCCAGAAACCUUUAAGAGAAGCGAAUGUGAAUCACCAUUUUUAUUCCAAGUCCAAGAUUUUGAACCACAAGAUACAACUGCCCUUACAUGUCCAAACUAUUUAAGAACUAUAAGAUGUGUAAAUAACAAUCCAAUUCAAAUAGAUUAUCCAAAACUUUUAUAUAGAGAAGCAUGGCACCCAAAUAAUUCAACCAUUAAUGAUUCAGUUAAAACAAAAUCAAUUAAUCGUUUCAACAUUUUUAAAUCAAAUAAUAUUAUAAAUAAUAAUUUUGGUAUUCAAAGUGAUGAUAAUAAUAAUUGUUUUUCAUUUUUAAAUUUUAUAAACUUAUCACCUGGUGAAUUAGAGAAGAUAUAUACAGAUUUUUCAACAAUGGAUUUAUAUGUUUAUAAUCAAGUUUUAGAAAAAGAAAUUUAUCCAGUAUAUAAUUAUACCUAUCAAGAGUAUAAAGAUUCAGAUAAUCUUUCACUUUCUAUGAAAUCGAUGUUAUUAGAGCCAACUUUUUCAAAUGUAUUAAAUGAAUAUCGUAUCGAAAAUGGUUUACGCUUAAUUAAAGAGUUGGUUACUAGUCCAGAUGAAAAAUAUCAAGUCAAUCAAAAUGUUAUACAAUCAGUCUAUACCCUAUAUCCAAAAGCUUUAGCAACACCAAUCGAUGUUGUUGUUGUCGAUAAAUCUUAUUAUCUCGAAAGAAUUUCUGAACAAUUUAACUCUAGCUAUUCUUUACCAUCAACCUUUAAUCAAUUCCCAUCAGAAAUUUCACUAUUAAAAUUAACAAUGAGUGGUAUUCAAAGCAAUAAAGGUGGCCAAGUUCAAUCAUUAGUCAAAUCGAUUCCAUCAAUCUCGGAUAACAACCUUACAGAAAAUGUAUUGUCAUCAUUUACUGAAACUGGUGGCUUAAUGGGUGAAUUAAAUCAUCUAUAUGGUUCAUCAUCAAUUUGGAUGCCAUCAUUCUCGAAAUCUCUAAAUGAUUCAGGAAAACUUCAAGUGUUGGAUAAACUUUUGAAGGAUCUUAAAGAAGGUGGCCAUCGUGUUUUAAUUUAUUCUCAAUUUACCAAGAUGAUUAAUAUCCUAGAAGACUUUAUGAUCUAUAGAAAAUACAAAUAUCUGCGUCUUGAUGGUUCCUCUAAAUUAGAAGAUCGUAGAGAUAUGGUUGAUGAUUUCCAAUCUGACCCUUCAAUAUUUGCUUUUCUUCUUUCAACUAGAGCUUGUGGUAUUGGUAUUAAUCUCACAUCGGCUGAUACAGUCGUAUUUUAUGACAGUGAUUGGAAUCCAACAGUUGAUGAACAAGCCAUGGAUCGUUGUCAUCGUUUAGGCCAACAAAGACCUGUCACUGUUUAUCGUUUAAUUACAAAAGGUACAAUCGAAGAAAAAAUUUUAAAAAGAGCAAAACAAAAACAUCAUAUUCAAAGUAUUGUUAUUACUGGUGGUAAAUUUGAAAAUCAAGAAGAUCAAAUGGGUGAAAAUGAAGUUGUAUCAUUACUUUUAGAUGAUGAAGAGUUGGAAGAAAGAAGUAGGAAGAGAAAACAACCAGAGCCAGAAAUUCAAAAUGUAGCUGAUAAACCUUUCUCACCAAAUGAUAUUCCAACCACCAAAACUAUUAAUAAAGGAAGACCUCCAAAAGAAAAGGACCAAAAAUUAUCAGCCGAACCAAAGGUUCCAAAGAAAAAAGGUCCAAAACCAGGCUUUAAGAGAGUAAAAGUCGACCCCUCAAUUGCUGCAACUGAUGGUAAUGCUUCAACUGCAACAGAUAAUAUAAAUACAACUCCAACCUCACUUUCAUCAUCAACCUCAAAUGUACCAUUAAAUAAUGUUAAUAACAAUAAUAAAACUAAAAAAGAAAAAUCAAAUGGUGAUGAAGGAGCACCAAGAAAGCCUGGUAGACCAGCAGGUAAACCAAAAGGUUUUUAUAAGAAAGCGGCACCGAUAACUCCAACUCAAACCUCAACAACCGCCACUUUAUCUACACCAACAGCUCCAACACACAAUCAAUAGUAGCCACACCAAACAAAUUAUUUUAAAAAGUUUAACUAGUCUUUAUAAAUUAUUAUAAUAAAUAUUUAAUUAUAAAUUAUUGAUAAUUU